CUCCUUCCUUCUUGGGUAUUUGCCCACUGUUUUCUUCCUUGGUAGUCUGUGUGUGAUCUCUGUUAUUCCUAGGCUACAAUUUUGCGUGAUUGAGGGUUUUCCAGAGCGUCUAUGGUCUAUGUUUUUUGAGUUAAUUCCUGGAAGUUCUUUACUUCUCUAUUAAAUUUUUUUUUCCUGAUGGAAGUUUCUACCUUUGGAAGUGUCUUACGUUAGGGUUUUGAAUUUUCUAGUGUUUUGAAUUUUUGGUGUAUGUUGCUGUGAUACUCUGGUUGGAUAUGCAAUGUAAAUUUAAUAAAAUUAAGAUCCAUUUUUUUUAGAAAUUUAAGUUUGUUAUUGGAUUCAAUUUUGAAGUUUGAGUGGACUGUCUGAUUCUUUUUUAAUGUAAACCUGAAUUGAAGAGGAAUAGAGAAAAUUGAAAAAUUAGUAAGGCUAGUUUGAGUUGAUCGGAUUCUUUUUUAGCUGUUUGACACUGUUUUAUUCAGAUAUAUACGAAAUGGGGACUAAUCUCAACUUCAAGAACUUCACCAAUGACCCUGUGUCCGACACCGGUGGGGGAAGCCGACUACCGGGGAAUUUCCCUUUGGCCAGGCAGACAUCGAUCUAUUCCUUGACCUUUGAUGAGUUACAGAGUACCAUGGGGGGAAUAGGAAAGGAUUUUGGAUCAAUGAAUAUGGAUGAGCUACUUAAAAACAUAUGGACUGCAGAGGAGACACAGAAUAUGGUAGCCGCCUCUACUGGGCCUCAAGAGAGUCUGCAGCGCCAGGGCUCGUUGACACUUCCUCGAACUCUUAGCCAAAAGACAGUGGAUGAAGUGUGGAAAGACAUCUCAAAGGAAUAUGUGAAUGGGGGUGGCACUGGAGGUGGAGUAGCUAAUGUGCCCCAGAGGCAGCAGACUUUGGGAGAGAUGACUCUAGAGGAGUUUUUGGUGAGAGCUGGGGUGGUGAGAGAAGAUGCUCAAAUAGCUGGGAAAAUUAAUGCUAAUGGUGGUUUUUAUGGUGAUCUGGCAAGGUCAGGGAAUAAUUCUGGUUUUGGACUUGGGUUUCAGCAGAAUAGGGUUCUGGCAUUAAACAGUAAUAAUACUAAUCAGAUUUCUAUGCAUUCCUCGAAUUUACCUUUGAACGUUAAUGGGGUCAGAUCAAAUCAGGCACAAGUACAGCAGCAGCAGCAGCAGCAGCAGCAGCAGCAGCAGCAAAUAUUUCCUAAGCAGCCUACUUUGGGAUAUGUGACACAGAUGCCUCUGCAGACUAGUCCUGGAAUUAGGAGUGGAAUCAUGGGAAUUGGAGAUCAGGCGCUUGGUGGUGGUUUGAUGCAGGGUGGAGGUUUGGGAAUGGUUGGAUUAGGAGGUGUGGCGACAGGAUCACCUGCAAACCAGCUAUCCUCGGAUGGGAUCACAAAGAGCAACGGUGAUACUUCUUCAGUAUCACCAGUUCCCUAUGUCUUUAAUGGAGGUUUACGAGGAAGAAGAGCAACUGGUGCUGUGGAGAAGGUGGUUGAAAGGAGGCAGAGAAGAAUGAUUAAGAACAGAGAGUCAGCUGCAAGAUCACGGGCUCGCAAGCAGGCUUAUACUAUGGAGUUGGAAGCUGAAGUUGCAAAGUUAAAAGAGGAGAACCAAGAAUUGCGAAAGAAACAGACAGAAAUCAUGGAGAUGCAGAAAAAUCAGGUAUUAGAGAUGAUGAAUCAAGAGCAGGGAGCCAAGAAACGAUGCUUAAGGAGGACUCAGACAGGUCCAUGGUAAAGUGCAGGCAUGGUUGUGAUUAUACAGAUGAAAAUUAUGUAUGGUAGGUGGCUGUACAUAUUUGAGAGAAGUGCUACUUUUUGUAGAUUAAGAAAAUGCAAGUUCACAAUGGAGGAGAUGAUAAUUUUACCGUUGAUGUAGAUUAAAUCUUCCUAUAUCUGUUCUCUAUUUGCUUCUAUUCAGAACUUCCUGGUUAGGCAUAGCAGUGGAAGGGAUGAGAUAGCAAUUUCGUCUUUUGUAGUUCCAUACAUGUUUUAAAGCAUUUUCAAAACGGUUUGAAGCAGUUCCAUUUAUAAGUUGCAACAAAAUGGUUUUUGCUUUAA